AUGCGCCUCAAAGACGAGCCCAUCGACGUCACUCUCCCGACCUCGUCUAAUGCACCCGUGCUGACACCGGAAGACGAAGCGGCGCUCUCCAAGGCGCGCAGUGACGCCGUGAAAGUUCGCUGCCGCACGGCGUGGUCGCUCAAUCGAUGGCCGCUGGAUUUCCAGAGAAGAAUCAUGUCGGCGCGCACGCGGGUGCACCUGCCGCGGGAGUUUAAGGGCGUCGGAGGCCAGGAUGUGAAAGUGAUAUACGAGGGCCAGGAGCUCAACGGGUUCAUUCACGAAUGGUACAGCGUAGCGGAGGGAUCGGAGGACAAGGGCAAUGAGCAGGAGGCGAAGGACGAGGCGAAGCGGAAACGACGGAACAAGGUCAAUUAUGUCACUGCCGAUGAUAUAAGUGCUAGAAGACACGAGUUCCUAGGUCCUGACCCGCGGGUGGCAGGAUAUUGGCUCGACGACGCAGGUGAGGUGCAUAUCUGUUGGUUUGACGGAUUUCUACAAGAAGAAUGGAUGGACAACGGGCGAUGGAGAGGAAUGGAGGUUGAGAAAAAUGUAGAUGGGAAGUGGGUGGAAAAAGGGCAGCAGUGGUGA